AUGAUCUCUGAACCAGUCCCUUUCGACAUCCUUCAUCGGAUCUUUGAUGACUUUGUGGGCGAAGAUGAGCAACAGCUCUUCAGCCUGAGCUGGACCAGGCUGCUCCUCGUGUGCCGUCAAUGGCAUGCCAUAGGCCUUUUAUCCCCGCGACUCUGGAGCUACAUCAGCUUUGAGCCCACUCUAUCUGUCUCCGAAGUUCCUUCAUCAGAGGGAUUCGCAGACAUCGAAGAGGACGUCCGUCGCGUUAGAACGCAACUUGCUCGGGCCGGGACCUGGCCACUGACUAUACGUUACAAGCCGCUUCCUUGGACGUAUCCCAACUACUUUCAAGAGCUCGGAUCAUCGUUGUUUUGGAACCCCGAGGCGGUUCAAUGUCUUUCCGUGCGCGGAGACUAUCUCCGUUUGAACGAGACCAUCCAAGAGAUUUGCAGGCAUGUGCAUCCCAGAAUGCAUACCCUCGAACUACAGCACCGCAAGAGCGAGCUUAACAUGGCGAACAUCAUAGCACUGAGCGAACUACUUGCGCAGAAGCUACCCUCCCUUCAGGACCUAGUCCUCCGCGACGUGCGAUGUGACUGGUCAUGUAUCCAGAACUUGCGCAGUCUGAAGCUGUCCUAUGCUGUCCUGAUGCCGCAGCCAUAUCAUCUACAAGACAUCGUCACAGCUCUACGGCGUUGCCCAGACCUCGAGGAGCUUCACCUCGGUCUGCCUUUCUGGCGGUCAUCGGGCGACUCUGAACCUAUCCCCGAGCCUUUGCCAUUACCACAUCUGCACGAUCUCAUCCUACGCGGCCCGGUGCACAUAUGUGCACCGCUCUUUUUAUCUAUCGAGACCCUCGCUCGAGGAGCAACUAUCAACAUCUCCUUCAACGGUGUACAUCCUCGGGAUGAACGCAACCUGGAGCGCGUCGAGUCACGCAUCGGCGAGCAUCUUCGCCGCCCGAAUGCUUCUUCCAUCUGGUGUCUGACUUGGGGCAAUAGCGCAGUAGACGGGCGCAUCGCAGUGGCGCGGACUCGCGGCCCGGGGAACAUCAAUAGUUCUGCCGACCCGGAUAUACACUUUCAUGCCUCAACCAAGCGCCCUCCGCUCGGGCUGUCGAACUGUCUGGCUUCGUGGCCUUUGGAUAAUGUGACACAUCUAGACAUGCGCUCAAUAAGCAUCUGUGCAUCAGGUGUCUGGCGUGUGCUCCUCGCAUCCUUGCCUGCGCUGCACACGAUUGCGAUACGGGUGGAGCGAUCGCCCAUCGAGGAGCUCCUUCUCGUUUCGUUGGAAAGAUUGGCCCAAGGACAUCAUCCUGUGGCGAACCUCUACUUCGACGCCUCAGAGCUUUUGAUGUCGAACGCAUAUCAUGCUCUACGUGACGAGCGCAAGGACAGUUGCACAAAGACGUUGGAACGUCUCCUGAUCUACUGUGCUAAAGCUGAGGAAGCCGGCGCACCGUUGGAGGAAGUCAACCUCGUGGAUCCUCACUGCCAUCUCAUUCCGGAAGAUGUUGCUUGGAGGCAUUACUGCAGGAGCUUAGUCGCAGGCUUUCGAUAUAACGGGGUUAUGCACUGUCGUCUGAUGAGGGGGAGCCUUGACAGAUUGAGCGAGGUUUGA